AUGAUUAUCUCAUAUCUAUGUGUUAUGAUAUGUUCAGAAAAUCUAAUAGUUACUUUUGUUGGACACAUAAAAAAUGGGGAGUGCUAUGAAAAAUUUUUUCAAGAUGAUAUUUUUAUUAAAAUAAAUGAAUGGAAACCAUUUCUUUGUAAAAAUGUGACACAAUUGACAUAUAAAUCUCUGAGGUUACGUCUUCCAAAAGCAAAUGUCUGUGACGCAGCAUUUCAUCCAGGUGUUUUCUACAGCAGUAUUGUAUCGUUUUCUGCUAAAGUCAAAGUGAAACUUCAUAGAAAUCUUCAAGUAAAUAUUCCAUCCAUGAAAAAACAGUUGAAUAUAAACCUGAAAGACAAAAAUGUAAAAUCGUCAAAUAAUAGAACACUAAGUAAACAUUAUGAAAGUAAGCAUAAUUAA